AUGCAAAUGGUUGAUCAAGAUCGAUAUACUUCAAUGGUCAUGUCUUGUUGCGAAGACGGCUUAUCGUGGUCACGUCAUUGUCUUGCGUUCCCUGGGUACAUUAUCAGCCAAGUAGACAUGUUGUCUGAGCCAUGUCAGCUAUUGAACACCGCAAUGCCAAAGGCAGCACGGAAAUGGAUGCUCCGUCUGGGCUCGGACCGCGCCCAGUCAUUCAACAUAGCAUCAAACAUGAAGUCUUCUGUGCUUCUUUCUCUUGUCACGGCUGCCUUGGCAGUACCAACAGCCGUUGACCUAUCUCCAAGGGCAUCUAUUGCCAAGACAGAUGGAUUGAAAUUCAACAUCGACGGCGUUACCAAGUAUUACGCUGGCACCAAUAGCUACUGGAUCCCCUUCCUUACCAAUGACAAUGAUGUCGAUGUUAUCAUGGGCCACCUGGCCACGUCUGGCCAGAAGAUCUUACGCGUCUGGGGCUUCAACGACGUGACAUCAAUACCUAGCUCGGGAACAGUGUACUUCCAGGCCUUUUCCGGAUCUUCUGUGACCAUCAACACUGGCGCUAAUGGCCUUCAACGUCUCGAUGCUGUGGUCAAGGCGGCAGAGAAGCACAAUAUCAAACUCAUUAUAAGUAAGUUUUCCCCAAGCCAUGGCCUGGAAUCCGACUUUGUGAACAAUUGGACCGACUAUGGUGGUAUGGCGGCCUAUUUCUCUGCAUGUGGUGUCAGCAGUAACGAGCAAUGGUACAAAGCAGCCAAAUGUCAGAAUAUGUAUCAGGCCUACAUCAAGGCUGUCAUGGGCCGUUAUCGAAAUUCCAACGCCGUCUUUGCUUGGGAACUUGCCAACGAGCCUCGAUGCAAGAGUUGCCAGACUUCGGUGCUUACGGAUUGGAUCCGCAAGACAUCCGACUACAUUCGCUCGCUCGAUUCCGAUCAUAUGAUCACAGUAGGGGACGAGGGCUUUGGACUUGCUGGAGAUGGGUCGUAUCCAUACCAAUUCAGCGAAGGUGUCGACUGGGCGGCCAACCUUGCUCUGCCCAACAUCUCCUUUGGUACAUUUCACCUAUACCCUGGCUCGUGGGGCGUUAGCAAUGCAUGGGGUAACGGGUGGAUCGAGGCGCAUGCAAAGAUUUGUGCUCAGCUGAAAAAGCCGUGCCUGUUUGAAGAAUACGGCGUCAGUCAAGCGGCCGACCACUGUCCCGUGGAGUCGGAAUGGCAGAGAACCAGCCUGGGUCUUAAAGAUGCUGGCAUGGCAGGCGACCUCUUCUGGCAGCUCGGCGAUGUUAUUCCAAGCUCGGGACAGCAGACGCACAAUGAUGGACAUACCAUCUACUACGGAAGUGCAGACUGGAAGUGUUUGGUCGAUGAGCAUGUGAAGAGGAUAGGAUAA